UCAACCCCAAGCGGACAGGCAACAGGAAUUCAACAAAAGUAGCUCCACUUUAAUUUUUUUUAUUAAAAAAUACCCUAUAAUUAUGAAUUACCUAUAUUAUUUUCAUUAUUUUCUUUUGCCUACAUUUAUCUUCUAAAUAAUGAAUAAGGAUGUGAUAUAGUAGUUAAGAUUUUGUAACUAUCAUAGAUGAGUCACCAUACAACUAUAAGAGCUAACUACUAUAACUCGUAUUUAUAACGUGAAUGUUAAGUAAUUUUUGAAAGAUCAUAAUUUUUAACUUGAAUUACAAGGUGCAUAAUAUAUCAAAUCAAAAUUUAUUUAGAGAUUUAUAUUUGUUAUUGGGUGUAACCGAUAUAAUCUUAAGCUAAAAAAAUAUCGUUUAAAGUCUUUUUCGGAGGCUUGAACAAUUUUAACCCUCUUUAUUAAAGAUUAAAUUUUAUUUUAUAGUAGUUACGAAAUCAUAAUUACUAUAAUUAUAAACUACAAUUAAUUGUAGUUAUAGUAACUACAAAAUCAUAAUUGCUACAAUAUCCUUGAUUGGUUCAGGAUUUUGAUAGAAGAUACAGGCAGGAUAAUAAUAGAAACAAUAUAAUAAUAUCAGACAAGGUAUUGAAGGAUAAUUAUGUCAUUUUACAAAGCGGAGCAUCUUUUAAUAAAAAAAAUAAAUCAAAAUGACCUUCCUUUUAGAGCAUCCUCAAUGGAGUAUUAAAUGGACAUUAUAAUGUCCAUUUAACAUCCCCUCUCUAUUGUGAGUCGAUAUUAUAAUGCUCACUUACAAGAGAGAUGAGAGAGAGUGUUCAAAGUUUUGAACACAACACCCUCUCUCUUAAUUUUUUUUUCUUAUUUAAAUUAUAAAAUUUUUAAUAUUAUUUAAAAAACUAAUAAAAGGGAUGAAUAAGUGAAUGGUAGGACCCAUAAAUAAUAAGUGUUAACGUUAAAAGAGAUGUGAGUGAAAGACAUGUUGUUAUAAUAAAUAUGUGAUAGUGAGUCCUAUAUUUUUUAUGAGACAAUGAAUAUUAUAAUGAAUUAACGUUACGGAUGUUCUUACAAUUUGAAAAAAAAACAUAAAUUGCUAUUUUAACUUCUGUCAGAACAAAAAAAAUGAUACGACAAAAAUGAUAUUUAAUUAGAGUUUCAGAAGGUUGAUCUUCCAAAAUUUACCACCAUUAAAAGCUCUUGCUUCAGCAGCAGACCAACAUCUCUGCCUCUGUGUUUACUGCUCUGCUGUCCUUUGUCUUCUUCCAUCCUCUCCCCUUUUGAACGGUCCUUUUUCCUCCUAGUUUUCACUCAAGAUGUACCCUUUUCAUCUUUUCGUUUUAUUCUUUUCCCCUCUUCUUCUUCUUCUUGAAGCAUCGCUCUCUAUCAGAGGUUUGUUUCUCCCUUUUCUUUUCUUUAUUUUUGAACUGCUCAGGAUCAGUUUAUUUCACUAGAAUUUGGAAAUUUCUUGAUACAAAAUGCAGAUGCUGUUAGCAGAAUGGAAGAGCAAUAUGCUGUUAAUUCUACUUCUUUGCUCCAGUGGUUCAGAUCUUGCAGGUUCAUAUGUUGGAAUCAACAUUGGAACUCAGACGUCCAACUUGCCACCGGCAGCUGACAUUGUCUCCAUCUUGAGAACUCAGCAGAUAAAGCAUGUACGUCUGUUUGAUGCUGAUCAUCGGAUGCUCCAUGCCUUAGCGAACACCGGAAUAGAAGUCGUAGUCGGCGUUCCUAACGACCAGGUGCUGCAGAUAGGAAAUUCUCAAUCACAAGCAGCUGAUUGGAUCAACAAAAAUGUUGCUCCUUUUGUCCCGGCAACUAGAAUCGCUUACAUUGCCGUCGGCGAUGAGAUCUUGACGACGUUUUCAAAUGCCAAUGCCACACAAGUACUCGUCCCCGCAAUGCAGUUCCUCCAUUCUGCACUUUUGGCCGCGAAUCUUAACUUUCAGGUUAAGAUCUCCAGCCCUCAGUCCAUGGACAUGAUCCCCAAACACUUUCCCCCAUCAACAGCUACUUUCAAUUCAUCAUGGAACUCUGUGAUGGAGCAGUUGCUUCGGUUCUUAAAGACCACCGGAGCUUCCUUCAUGCUAAAUGCGCAGCCGUAUUACGGUUAUACUGAAGGAGAAGGUGUUUUCCCCUUGGAGUAUGCUCUUUUCCAGCCACUGAAACAAAGCAGUCAGAUGGUCGACCCUGAUACAGAUCUCCACUAUCUGAACAUGUUCGAUGCGAUGGUCGAUGCUGCUUAUUACUCGAUGCAAUCCCUCAACUUCUCUGGCAUUUCUGUGAUGGUUACAUCGUCUGGGUGGCCGUCUCUUGGAGGAGCCACUGAGCCAGAUGCUAACAUCGACAAUGCUUUGGCUUACAACAGCAUGCUUAUUGGGCGUGCGCUCAAUGGAUCGGGCACACCAAGUCGAUCAAACUCAUCUGUUAGCAUAUACUUGCAUGAAUUGUUCAGUGAGGACCUCCUACCGGGGCCUGUUUCUGCAAAAAACUGGGGGGUUUUUGCCUCCAAUGGGACUGCACUUUACCCUUUGAACUUUGGGCAUCUAGUGAAGUCUAGUUCAAAUUCAACAGGUUUGGUGGGAAUUUUUUGUGUGGCUAAUUCUCGUGCCAAUUCCGAUGAUCUGAAGAAAGGAUUGGAUUGGGCGUGCGGACCGGGUUCGGCAAACUGCACGGCUAUUCAACCGGGACAACCAUGUUACCAAGCCAACAAUCUUGAAGCCCUUGCUUCCUAUGCCUACAAUGAUUACUACCAUAGAACUCAGGCAAAUGGUGGUACCUGUAUCUUUGGUAACACAGCCAUGGUCACCACUACUGAUCCCAGCCAUGGCUCAUGUAUCUUUGCUGGAAGGUCAGGCUCAAGCUCCAGCUCCAACACAUCCGGUGGUUCAACGACCAGUUCAGCCUUCGGACCUGGCGAUGCCUCGAGUCAGGCUUCAAAACUGCAGGAGGUCUCCACCAUUCUUAUAGUUGCAACUUUGCUGCAUUUCCUAGUUGUUUACAUGUAAACCAUAUCUGCUAUCACCAUUGCUUUUGCUCCCUGUUUUUGAUUUUCUGGUCAUUGAUUCUGGUGAUUUCUGAAUACUGUCUUUUGAAUA